AUGGGCUCAGAUGAGAGAGCCAAGAAGAAGGCAAAAAUCACACCAGCCCCUGUUGUUGACGACGCCGUCGGUGGGCUUUACGACUUCCUGCCGCCCCCAGAUCCCGUCAAGGACGAGGCAGCCAAGGCCGCGGCAGUCAAGAACCAUUUGUCCAGACCGGCACUUCCGCCGCCGGACAAAUCCAGGGUGAUUUUCUUAGACGUGGAUGGCGUGAUUUUGCCUGCGGGCUCUAUCGACAUGAUUGUUGUGGACGGAGUCACGCUGCCAGCCAAAAGCCAUGUCAAGGAGAGUGACUUCUCGGCACAGGCUAUGGGAAGCCUUCGUGCGAUUGUGCAGCAGACUGGGGCCACCAUCGUUCUGUCUUCUGAGUGGAGGCGUGGUGACGAUCUAAAGUCGUCGAUCAAUGCGGUCUUGAAGAGCCAGGACAUCCCGUCAAUCCGAGACAGCACACCCAUAUUCCAUCCAAGGCCUGAGAUUCAGAAGGUGAAUGCAAUUUAUGCCUGGUGCGAACGUCGUGCUAGAGAGAUUGGCAAAUGGCUCAAGGAUCAUCCUGAAGUUACUGCGUGGGUUGCGCUGGACGAUCUUGACUUUGAUUGGGCAGACAGUUUGAGACAAGCCGGCACGCCUUGGAUGAAAGUCCGCUCGGUGCACACCAACGAUAGGAUCUGCCUCACGGAUGCAGAUGCGGCUGAAGCAGUGCGCAUUCUCCUGAACCCGCCGGCAGAUCCAAAGGUUCCUCAGCGGCCGAUUUCCUUGCAGGCCCAGAACUCUGUGCCUUUGAUGCCUCCAGGUUCCGGCCGCAGUUGUUGCAGUCUUGAUUCCUGA